UUUGUUUUUAUGAAUUACAGUAGGGAGGAUGACAGGCAAGAGGUCUCACUCUGUCUCCACUUCUCGGCACAUGAAAUGUCAUAUCUUCUGUUAGGUUGCAGAUACAAUGUUCUUUUCAAAAAUCUAUGGUCACUUUUAUUUUAUUUCGUUUUAGAGUUUUACUAAAUUAUACACGUUUCCAUAGGCUACAAAGAACAUCUAAAUAUGUAAUUAAUACAUUUUGAAUAAAAUUUCACAGUAUUCCUUGUAGAAUUAUAAGUGAUAGAAAGGUUCAUGUCCUAGGUGGCUAUCAAGUGGGCUAAUACAGUCAAACAAAAAUAUACUAUUAAGCUAAGCUAAGCUGCGCUAAGCUAAAACAAGAAAGGACAGAUAAUGCAGAAAAUACAGAAAAAAGUUAAAUAAAAUACAAAGAAAGGAAAGAAAAUCAACAAUAUACCAACACUGCGCCAAGCUUAAGUAGCUAACUACAGCUUUGUGGAAAACCAGUCAAAGUUAAUAGUUAACUUUCAUUUAUAUUUACGACACCAAUGAGUUGAUUGAUUGCUCUGAUUGCUCUUAAGAAAACAAAUAUUGCGCAGAGGUGACAUGACAAAACAGGCGGUAUACAAGCAGUAAACUAAUUAUAUACGGGUAAUAAACUGUUUCGUUUUUCCCUACUGAGUGAGUCCUCCUCCUCAUUACGAUCUAUGCUCCAGAGUCUCCCUUUCGUCUUGUCAGCUGGGGCCGACCGGCGCUCACACACCAGCUGUCUCAGCGCUCCACGGACGCAAACAGCGACUUGUCUCACCGGUUACAAAGUUAGGAUGAGGAUCGCUGGACAAUUCUGAGCGGCAGCAUGGAGAAACACCCUACCUUACUGUCAUCGAGGCUGUUUCAGAAGGACAGGCAGGUUGAAGUUGUUCUAAACCGCAGUGUUUUGGCAUGGAAGUGGACUGAGAACAGUAAAGGAAGACCUGGCAUUUCUGAGACAGCUCUCAGCCAUGCGGUACAGGUGUGUGAAAUAGUGGCCGUCCGCAAAGCAGAAGAUGAAGACCAAGACGACACGCAGAGUCAGAAAAAGACGACGCAGCACUCCCUGCUCGGUCCCUAUUCAUUCACAGUUUCCUACGUGAGGAGGACACGGCAGCACCACUGGUGGUGCAGUCACGUCACCUUCCACUGUGCCAGCGAGGGACUCCGCGACCAGUGGAUCCGAGUAACGAACGAGCAGCUGGCAUCACUCACCAACCGACCAAAGAGCCUUCUGGUAUACAUCAAUCCAUUCGGGGGAAAGCGGCGUGGGAAGCGUAUUUACGAGCGGAAGGUGGCUCCCAUGUUUCGCCGCGCCGGCAUCUCCACCGAUGUGAUUGUGACGGAGCGUGCCAAUCAUGCCAGGGACCACUUGGAAACGGAGGCCAAUCUAGAUAAAUACGACGGGGUGGUGUGUGUGGGUGGAGAUGGUAUGUUUAGCGAGGUCCUCCAUGGGCUGGUUACCAGGACCCAAACUGACCACGGUGUGGACCAGAACCAACCAGAUGCUGAGUUGGUGCCAUGUCAGCUACGCAUAGGAAUCAUUCCUGCAGGAUCUACUGACUGUAUCUGCUUCGCGACAGUAGGAACCAAUGACCCAGUUACUUCUGCUUUACACAUCAUUGUCGGUGAUUCUCAGCCUAUGGAUGUUUGUUCAGUCCACCACAACGAGCUGUUUCUCAGAUACUCUGUUUCAUUGCUUGGCUACGGUUUCUAUGGAGACGUACUGACGGACAGCGAGAGGAAGAGGUGGCUUGGUCCCGCCAGAUAUGACCUGUCAGGCGUGAAAACCUUUCUGAGCCACAACUACUACGAAGGCACCGUGUCUUUCCUCCCGUCAGAGGACGACGUGGGGAACCCGAGGGACAAGCUGCAGUGCCGAUCGGGGUGCAGCGUCUGUCAGCACAAGCCUUCAUCAAAGGACUGGCACAUCAAGAUGUCAGAGGAGAAGGAAGACUCCGGCAAAGAUGGCACCAGUGGCUGGAAUGUGGUCCAUGGCAAGUUCAUGGCAAUCAACGCGGCCAACAUGAGUUGCGCGUGUCCCCGGAGUCCGGAUGGCCUGUCGCCCUCUGCCCACCUCGCCGACGGUACCACAGACCUGAUCCUGGUCAGGAAGUGUUCCCGUCUGGACUUCCUUAGGCACCUCCUUCGACACACCAACAAAGACGACCAGUUUGACCACUCGUUCGUGGAGGUCCACCGGGUGAAGAAGUUCCGCUUCCAGCCGCAGCACCGCAAGGUGGUGUCGCUGGAAGACAUGAGCGAGCCCCCGAAGAAGACGGGCUUCAGGACCAUAUGCUCUGCCCAGACAACCUGCAACUACAGCACCGCCCACAGCAGCUGGACCUGCGACGGCGAGAUCCUGCCUCACACCGCCAUCCAGGCCAGUGUCCAGUGCCAGCUGAUCAGGCUGUUUGCCCGAGGUAUCGAGGAGCAGCAGCAGCAGCAGCAGCAGCAGCAGGAGCAGUGUGUGUUUGAAGACUCUUGUACACUAAGGGCCGUGGAGCCAAACACUGCCUUGCCUGUGGACUGAGAGCAAAGACAUCUAUGUGCUGGAAGAAAAAAAAGUGCACACAGUUGCACUUGGCAAACUUUUCCUGGAAAAAUAUGGUUAUCAUAUCAGUUUAAAUCCCAAACGUGCCUGCUUAGCGUCGGCCUAUACGAAGCUUGCAGUUAGAUGUCCUAUCCGUGCACAAGAAGAGUGAUGAAAAUAUUCCCAGAAUGAACAUGUGAAGUCGCGGUCAGCCCACUUUUAAGAACGACAAACAUUUAAAUCUGUGACUGAAGACAGCAGCUAUCUCCUCCCUGCCAUUCGGAGUUCUUAUGUGCAAAAUUACCUCGUGGAGCUUAAGAUAUGAUAUGUAACCACUACAAACACAUAUUCAAACCCAUAUCCAGUUUCUUUCACACGUACUUUUUGGAAAAAAAAAACGGAGAUGUUUAAGCUGAGAGGAUCUAAAGCAGCCUCGGUGUCCGAGAUAAAACCAAUGAUCAGGGAUGGUAUUUAUACCGCCAAGAAGGAGUACGGAACAAGGAUUUCUCCCUGUGCUGCACUGAGAGACAGACAGAAAGAUGAGGCCGCGUUGUGAGAACGAAGAAAAAUGUUAAGUACGCUGAUAAACACUUUUAAAAAAUACUCAUGCGAUCUGGUCUUCACAUUUUGGGGGGGGGGGAAAUCAUUUAAUCUGUGACCCAGGUGAAAGCAGAUAUGAGCCAGGGACACUAAUAACAAGAGCUGAAUACCCUGCUAAUACACUAACAGGACCCCAGUGGCUGCUGGGUGAUAAGGCAAAGUGGUUGCUAAGUGAUCUGGUGCGUCUCAGUACUGCUGUGCUGCACCUGUGGCUCUGAGCCUUGGUCCUCUCUGACUUAAAAAAAAAAAAAAUAAUAAUAAUAAUAAUAAAAUACAGUGACAGUUUAAACAUCACCUGGGACUGAACAGAAUUAUGCAUUGCUAACGCUGUUAGAGAUAAACUAUUGCUCCGCUAUGAAAUUAGCCUUUUUAGUAGUAGGUCGAGCUGGUCUUGAUGUCACCGGAGCAAGGUCAAGGAACACAGCUUAUUUUUGCUGAUGCCCUUUGUGGUACUCCUACAGUGAUUAGAAAGCAUGCGUCGCAAUAAUACAUUCAGAGUGGGUUUGAGUGUACGUGUGUUUUCCACAGUCACUGGAGACUUUGCGAAGGUGCCAGCGUAAUGACUUAGCUGCAUCACAAUUAACCUCAUCUCUGGCAUUUUGCGGAUGCGUCUCCCAGCCAAGAAAAACAAUGAAAAGCACACACAGAGAUGUAAUGCCACGCUCCUUUUGAACCACAAAAGUUUGCUGUCUCCUCCACACGUCUGAAACUGUUAAUCUGUCUGGCUGCCUGUAUUUCUCCUCACUUUUUUUUAUCUCCCAACGUGUGAUGUUUCUUUACAGAGUCCAAGUUAUCGCAAAGGAAAAGACAAUAUGACUGAUGAUGCAAAAUAACAACUGUUGCUAAAAAACAGAGGUGUGAUAUUGCUGCUCUUUGGAAGCUAACAAAUUGAAAGAAGCUAGCUGCUGCUAGUUUAGCUUGCUAUAGGCUAAAUAAAACAUGUAAAUAGCUUUAUUGCUUUAUAUGCUUUUAAGGUCGAAGAAACAAAGAACGCUAAAAGUUAAGUUUCGAAAGCCUGGGAAUAAAAAGCUUUCAAGCUAGGAAAACUAGCUUCUCCCCAUGUCCUCCACUUGAAAGAAGCUAAUUGCCGUUAGUUGCAGAUAGCAUAGCUUGCUAAUACUAUUAGGAUUAUGAUUAAAACAAUGGCUUUUAGCUAUUAGCGCUCUGGCUAGCUAAUGCUAAGUCAGUGAGAAGGUAGUGCCAAAACCAUUGUGAAAAACUAAAAAGCACCGCAAUGAUUGAAACAAACGCUUUAAAGCUAACCAAUUAGGUCAAUUUCGCAUGUUUCGUACGUAAUGAAAGGAAAAACUAACUUCUCCCUGUGUCCUCCACUUGAAAGAAGUUAGCUGCAGCUAGUUUUACCAGUUGGGUGAAGGCUAAUUAUCAGAUUGUCACGCCAACUCAGUACUUUGUACCUCACUGUCUGCGUGGGCACUUGAAAUUCACACCUCUGGUGAACACUAAGGCUUUAAUUUGAAGAGAAUGUAAAAUUUUAAUUUUCAGGUUUUAUCUGAUCUUGCUGUGCUUUCUGUAAACAUUGUACAUAAAUAAGCUGUGAUGUUGGUCGAUUUGUUUUAUGAAAAUUCUGAAUAAAGUGCUUUUGAACUUUGA